UCAAUUUAAAUGUUUGUGCUGCACCUUUGUCGGUAGUUUUUCAUUUCAUUCUUGGAUGGAGUAGAUUCACGAAUAUGAUCCUGAUUUGUUGGGUUAUUCUGCUGUUGGCAAUUGUCCAGCCUUCGAUUCAAUUCAACGAUAUUUUCGAUGAAGAAUUGAUGAUCAAACCACUCCCGGAUGGAUUUGUUUACAGCUAUUUUCAGUUCACCACCCGAUGGGAACUGACUCAGAACGACAGCCUGCUGCACACCAAUCUGGUAUCCAGAUCACUAGCAGAACUGUUCUAUCACUACGAUGUCAGUGAAUUGCACCUCAGUUUUACCAAUGGCGUUUGGCGGUACGAAAAUUGGGGCUUUCCGGUAUUGAAUGCUGGCCCCGGAGCCGAGGUGUGGGCUUGGUUUGAACCGCCGGCAGACGAUGCCGAGGUGGAUCACAAAUGGAAACUGCUAUGCGGAACCCUAUCUGGAUUGUUCUGUGCAUCGUUGAGCUUCGUCGACCAAAGUAACACCUUCCGGCCGGAAUAUUCGUUGCGACCGCUUACGCACCGUUUUGCCGGGCAAGCUGAUCCAAAAAUUCGUUACGCGGCACUACCGCGAGAAAUAGUCUGUACGGAGAAUCUGACACCAUGGAAAAAAUUACUCCCGUGUAAAUCGGGCGAUGGAUUCACUUCUCUGCUAACACCGGAUCAUGUUUAUUCCGGGAAUUAUCAUUCGCUUGCGCUGCAUAUGAGGAAACUCUGUGCAGACAAGAGCUGCAAUCAGUUUCAGCUUGAAAUACGGCAAAGUUUGAGUUUGGUCCAAGAUCAACGGUUAUUCGGUGGAAAGGAUUGGUCGAUUCGUAAGUUGUUUGGCCAGGGCAUGCAGGGUGCUUGUGUUCUGUCCACUACUAGUAAACUUUACGUCGAUGUCACAGACAAGGACUACGAUAUGACCCAACCACCGACGAAUAUAAUUUAUUCCACGCGAGGAGGUUCGAGUUCCGUUUUUUACGAGUACGACAUUAAAAAGUUCGAAAAAACGCAACGAAUGUUUAACGUGGCUGCUGUGGAUAGAAAAGAUCCGUUGACGGUAUCGAUCACGCAAGCGCCCCCUAUUUACUCGAAGCGAUUCAUCUCUGGUGUGGGACAGGAACGGGGUCGUAUCGUGACACGCAUCACAAACAACCAUUGGACUACUUUGAAUUUACUAAUUUUUGAAAACAUUCCCUGGUUCGUGCCUAUUUAUUUACAUACUCUGAAAAUCCAGGCAGGAGAUCAGAAAAUCAUUCCAAAGCUGAUUAAAUACAUUCCCGGUCGUCUGCGCGAACGGCCAUCUCAUCUAGAGCUAGCCAUUACUAUCCCGGCUCGAUCGACCAUCGAAAUGUCAAUCGAUUUCGAUUACAUAUUCCUGAAGUGGCAGGAAUACCCUCCGGAUGCCAGCCACGGGCACUAUCUGCAACCGUCGAUCAUAUCGGUGUUGCUGCCGGUGGGUCGAAACUACACUUCGCUACCCCACGAGGCGGCACUCAUCCGAGAUGCUUUCAACGCAACCCAACCGAACGGAUACUUCCUGCAGCUUCGAACGGAAGCUCUGUUACUGACGCUACCCAUUCCGGACUUCAGCAUGCCGUACAACGUGAUCUGUUUGGCGUGUACCGUGGUCGCGUUAGCUUUCGGGCCAAUUCACAAUAUUUCCACCAAGAAAAUUGUCGCCAAAAGCAGGGAUGCGGCUAAACCCAAGCUCACAGAUAAAAUACGGGGCUGGUUCGGUAAGCGGAAGCAAGCUAAGCUGGACGGACCAAGUGUGGUUGACAGUGCCGUUGAGGCUGAUGUGGUCGAGGAGAACACAAAGAAGCAGCUGUGAAGCUGAAUACCAAAUACAAUAUGCUAAGUUGUUUCUAGGUUAUGUAACGAAAUAAAAAUCAAGGACGGAGAACAUUCUGUUUUCGUAA